AUGCCUGCCUUAUGGUGCAUUGAUUUCACUGACAUAGACUUUAAUAGAGAUUCAGGAGCAGAAUUCUGGAAAGCAAUUACAUGCAGUGGCAGCACCAAGAAGGGGUGCAUGUUUAUGAGCCCAGAGGAAAGCACCACAGGAGGAAGGUGGCUGGAAGAUGCGAGCACUGGCAAUGUGCCUGUGGGCUCCGUGGAGACCAACUUCCUGAAACCUGGUGCGGUUGUCACUUGCCUCCAGCAAUGGCACCAUAGAGGUCAAGUCUGUGGAGAUGCACUGCGAGGCUCUGCCUGUUCCAGCGUGAAGAAAUCCUGUGAAGGAUAUUCAUCUUGGCUUUGUGGCCAAGACGACCGGAAGGAGGAUGACUGGAAGGAGGAUGACAGCAAAAAUGACCGGAAGGAGAUCCACACCAGCUAUUCCCCAGUGCUGACUGCCACGCAUCUCAUGCAAGUGUGCCGAAUUGAGGGAGAAAAUCGACUGGUGCUCUGGCAACAAGCUGGAGGGCGACCUAACAGGGCCCUGAUGUCGGGCAGUGCGGCCAUUGUGCAGAUGGUCCCCAGCAAGGCCAUGCGUGUGGAGACCUUCUCUGAAUACCCAGCUCUAGGCCAUUUUGUUGUGCAGGAAAUGAGUAAAAUGGCGGCCAUUGGAGUCGUCAAGGCCAUGGAUAAGAAGACAUCCAUUGAGGGCAAGGUCACCAAGUUGGCAGUGAAGGAUAGCAAGAAGUGA